AUUUCUAGUGGCCCUCCCACCAGGAAACGCAUCAGUUUAGUGGUGAUGUUAUCUGUGAUACUAAAAAUGAUCAGAGAGCAGUCAGACCAACAGCUCUGAGACAGACCCACAGUUCGUACUUGGAGAACAUGUAUGCUGAUGUGAUGGAAAACAUUUUCUUGCUAGUCCUGGUCACUCUUCUCAGCGUUGUUCAGAAUGUGUUCUUCGCCCUAAAGGUUGAAAAAGAGUGCACAGGUCUCAAUUCUAAACAGCAUUCUACAGCUUUUGAGCGUUUGUCCUGUGCAAAUCGAAACUGCAUGGACACAUACCCCACAUUUCUGGCAGUACUGUGGUGCGCUGGUAUCUGCCUCAGCCAAGCUCCAGCUUCCUUUGCUGGCAUUCUCUACCUUGUGGUCCGGCAGAAGUACUUUGUUGGCUACAUGGGGCAGACUUGCCAGAGCACUCCUGGCUUCCUGUUCGGGAAACGAAUUCUCUUUUUCCUGUCACUCAUGUGCAUUGUGGGAAUCAUAAAUCACCUGAUGCUCACCUUUGGCGGCAGUGACUACAAAGAAUACAUUCAGACCAUCACCAAAGCAGCGUCAACCCUUCUGCUCUUGCCCUGAACUGUGCAAGACAGAUUUAACUCUCCCUGAGCUAAAACAGUAUAUUGCAAACACGUCGGCGUAGAUAAACUCUUUCAGUUAAUGGUUUGUCACUUAGUCAGAGGAAAGUACUUUACAAUUAGUAAAGCAUUGAUCACAUUGAUAGUCACAAAAGCAUUUAAUUGCAAAAUGUUAUAUUAUAAACAUUUACAAAUCAACACAAAAUUUUACUAAUACUAUCCCAGUAUAAGGUAUUUGAUGAAAUGUUUUAAAGGGGUCAUAUAAUGAUUUGGUUUUUUCCCCUGAGGUCAACUUACAAGGUUAGUUUUGUUUAUUUUAGUUUUUCAUGACCAUUUUCACACCUCUCUCUCUCUCUCUCUCUCUCUGAAUUUUAGAUUUAACAGUCAGCUUUUGUUACUGUGUCUUUAAAAGUACCACAAUCUGCUCAUGCACAGGAUUGAAGCUUUCCUGUUGUGUGAAAUAUAUUUCAGCAAAACCAACAGCCUCUUUGCAAAGUCUGCAUUACAUAACAGGAUUAUAAAAUAAUCAAUGCUGAAAUGUGUCAAGAUUAGACUGAAAUUACUAGGGUCCUAUGCACAAGUUUCUAACAAUACCCUGGAAGUACAUGCAGAGCAGUUGGUGCUACACACAGCCAGAAACAGCACAAGAAAUGUGUGAACUUGGAGGGUAAUGCGACGUUUUACUAUGUGUGACAUCAGAAAGUUGCAGAAUUAUCCAGAUUGUUUUUAAUUAUCCCAAAAGAUAAAGGGCAAUUUGUUGCCUCAUGAUAUGACCCAUUUAAAGCAAUGAAUGUACUUACUGUUUGGGCACUUUUGCAUAAAGUAACCCAUUUUAAAAAAGUACUGUAACUACCAUGAGUUUGUGAGGAUUUAUGAAAUUGACCUUUCUUGCUUCAACAGAAUUAAAAUUAAGAUUAAAUUCC